CUGCCUCCUAUUAACGUCGCCUUGACAAUACUGCAUUUUGGAGUGGAACCAUCAUGACAAGCUGGCAUGACAGAGACUGCAGGCGACCAGAUGUCUUGCUCAUGGACAAUGUGCCCACAUGCCUCAGCUGUGGCGCACUCUUUCUCCAAACUGAUGAGACUCAGGGAGAACUGAGCAAGCAGACUGUGGUGGCUGGAAAGGGCUCCCGCCGACUCAACCUCGAUUGGCCGUCUUCGAUCACCUUCUAUCAUCCAGAUGAUAUCGCAGAUCCAGAUCUCAGAGCAACUUUGCUAGCUCUGAACCGACACGUUGAAACCGAUGACACAGACACAGCUCUCACUUCGACGGAAGAGCACGCUCGGGUAGCAACACCGAUGGUGCAUAGCGCAAAACUUGGCGAUUCACAGGGCAUAAAAGAGUUUCCUGCAGAGAUCCUGGCUACCGAAGACAAUGACUUUCAACCAUCCGCUACUAGUAAGAACUCGAAAAGAGGCCAGAACUUCGAGAAUGGCGAGCUGUGCAACGCGAGUCGAAACGCUGUUUACCAGGCAUUAAUGGGCAGUGAUGAAAUCCGCCUCCUACAUCUGGAUCCUCAGGAAAAUGCAUCCGAGCCGCUUCAUGGACACUUGAGGCCCGCGAGGCUGUCAAUACGUCCGGACUACAUCGCAUUGUCUUAUACUUGGGCAGAUACUAAGGGAGACCGGACCCUGCGCGACAGAAUCUUCCUCGGAAAUGCCUGGACACCUUUCGCGAUCACGAGGAACUGCGCAGCGGCGCUACGUCGGCUGCGGCUGAGAGGCGGAAUAUGCGCUGUGUGGGUGGACGCCAUCUGCAUCGACCAGAACAAUAUUGGUGAAAGGUCUCAUCAAGUUUCUAUGAUGCGAGACAUAUAUUCAAAGGCCGAGUCAGUGACAAUAUUCCUGGGAGGAGGGACCGACGACGGCGUCGACGACACUCCCGCCCGUCGAUUAUGGCAGAGACUGUCCGAAGAUCGGUUCCAUGCGGGGAAGGAAGUGACAUCUGGCUGGGGUGGUCAGUUUGAUACUCAAGAGAUUCGUGACCUUUUUAACCAGCCAUACUGGUCUCGGAUCUGGGUGAUCCAGGAGGUCUUGCUGGCGAGACAAGCUGAGCUUGUCUUGGGGCACGCAAGUGUUUCUUUGAUUGAGUUCGUGAGCAACUUCUUGGGCCGAGUGUCUAGAGCCGUCGAGGAUCUGGUCCCCCCGUGGGUACAUUUAUCAGGUGCUUCCCUUUUUGGAGACGUGGAUUCUUUUCUCGGCCUCUUGCACAAGACUUCAACGUGUAAAGCCUCGGACGACAGGGACAUGGUCUUUGCCCUCCUAGGACUCGUGCAAGGAGCGGACCUGGAGGGUUUGGUUGCUGACUACUCCAAGACAAACGCAGAGAUCUAUAUUGGUCUCACCGCGUACUUCUUGAUACGCCACGGGCAUGUGGGAUUGAUUGAAGCUGCUGCGUUCGCAGCUGGGCGUAAAGCUCAGAACAAGCCCCUUGAGAACCCUGGUGAUUCUGAAGGAGAUGGAGACUUGCCAUCCUGGGUCUCAUUUGAAACCUUCCGAUGUUCACCUGAAAACUGGUCCAAGAACGCCGAGAUCUUCCGGUUUAACAAGGUAGGCCACCAAUCCAUGCGAGACUGGCUGGGCAGGUUGCUGCCUGUGCACGGCGCUUCAGACUGGUAUGUCAAGACCAGAUUAUGGCCGAUAAGUUGUCAUUCACCAGCGACACAGCUUUCAUCACCUACUACUUACCAAGUAUUCGGCAAUCAUGGGACGCUGCUUAUUCGAGCUUUCCCAGUUAUGCACAUUUCAACUAAGGCUUCCGCGAUUCUGCAAGGUGCUUUCACUUUUAAUACCAGCAAGUUGUCGAAAUUAUUCAUCUCUGGACUGAUGGCUAUCGGAGCAACGGUGAGAUGGGGGAUAUCCGCCUACUCCAACGUUCCUUCCACCGGAAAUGACGACUGGAUCAUCGAGGCUCCUGGAUGCGACACCUUUCUACAUCUCCAGGCGUCAGGGAAAGUACCUGGUACAUACAAGAUUGCUUCACUUUCUUCAGUAGCGUUGAGUGGUUUUCUUCCUUCACCAUAUGCUGUAAUGGCUGAGGGAAUGGAAGCAAUCGAGCCGGUCGAACUGACUGCUACGACCACCGCGCAUUAUGGGCCGAUAUACACCAUUCGCAUAUCUCGUUCCGAAGAUCCAGCAAUGGACUACAGACUGUGGAUGCCACUGAUUUCCUGCGGCCCACAACAUCUGCUCUUCCUCAGUCACUGGGAGUCGAAUACUCGAUUGGACGAGCUGUUAUCCCCACACCAGCCAGGACCUGGAAGUUCACUGGCCGAAUUGUCACAAAGUCUGGAGCAAUACGGUCGAUGGCUGGAACUCAAUUACCCACCCAGCUUUCAAUACAUUGGGCCUCUUCAUGAUUUUGACUCCGAGGUUAGGACAGUAUCGCUGUACUUAGAAAGAUGGGACGAUUGCCACCUCUGGUCCAGGAUAUAUGAAAUUGUGGUUGAAAUUCCUUGGCGAGAGAAACUCAAGGAGCUAUCAGAUAUAAAGGCAGAUGCUUGGCACUAUCUGAUGAUGAGAGCUGAGUACAGUACUGCCGGUCACGAACAGUCAAGUCCUAUUCUUUGGGAGCGAAGACUCCUGGAGCUCUUCGAAGACCUUACCAACCGGCUCCCAGACAUCCCUCUACGACAGUCUGAGGGAGAGCCGUCUCUAGGAAGUUUUAUGUCGAUGGAUACGUGCUUGUCGUUGUGCAAGAGCAUCAGGAAUGUACCAGAAUACUGGACGUCGGACGAAAUCCGAGCCAACGAAACCGAAAUUCUGAAGGACUGGAUAGGAGUGGAAUCGUGUUGGGUCUUCUUGAACAGGUCAGAAGCCGAUUGCCGCGCUCUGCGGGCCAAGUUUGUCCAAUUGCGUGCUCUCAAGAGGCUUUUUAGGAGGGAGCAACGAGAUUUCCUGAUAUGUUAGUCGCGUGAUUCUUGUUUAUAAAAUUCCUAUAGCUCAACAUUCCCCGACGGUCUCUAGGGCAUCAUGAUCUUGGGAUACACACCCGUACUGUCAGGUUUCCGUAUGCUCUGGGAUUGCUUCUGCUAUUCACCGGAAGUAAUGAUAACCUUUGGAAGUCUUGACAGGCAAUAUCCAACGUUAGCUUUCUAGCCCAACAGAUGGCUCAUGGGGACUCCUCGUUGGGCAGUUGAUAUCACAGUGUCAGUAACCCUCUAAUCGCA